AUGGCGCUCUCGCCAUCACCGCUGCCCAGCCGUCUCGUCGUACUCUAUGCAUCGCAAACCGGCAACGCCAUCGAUGCUGCCGAACGUGUAGGCCGAGAGGCGGACCGUGGAGGCUGCCCGGCUGUCGAAGUUCUCAUGGAUAGCUUCAAUCCGAGUUGCUUGCCAGGCGAAAGGUAUGUGGUCUUCGUUGUGUCCACCAUGGGGCAGGGCGAUCCCCCAGAUUCCAUGAAGGAUUUUUGGAAAUACCUUCCCAGAAAGCAUCUGGGCGCACGAUGGCUGGAAGGGUUACAUUAUGCUGUGUUUGGGCUCGGAGAUUCAAGCUAUGCGAAGUACAAUUUUCCUGCAAAGAAGCUUGAUCAAAGGCUUUUAGGUCUUGGUGCAGAACGAAUCAUAGAAAAAGGCUUGGGGGAUGAUCAACAUCCUUCAGGAUACAAAGGAGCGCUAGAUCCGUGGUUGCUGUCUUUGUGGAAAUACCUGAAUCAAACAAAUCCAUCACUGUUACCAAGAAUAUCUGAUGCCAUUCAUCCUAAUUUGAAUAUUUUGGGGGAUGCAAAGGUAGAAGUCAUCUAUUACUCGGCUACACAAGAUAUCACCAUUUCAGACUCCAAAUUAUUAGUUGAGAGAACACGCUCAAUGUCCCCUGCUCUAAAGUGCCAUAACGAAGGAGAGCCACAGUACAUGUUACAAAUGGUAACAAAUCAACGUUUGACUAAGGGAGAUUCUGACAGAGAUGUCCGGCAUUUUGAACUGGAAGAUCUAUGUUCUCCCAUCAGUUAUCAAGUUGGUGAUGCCCUAGAAAUUCUACCAAGCCAGAAUCCAUCAGCUGUCGAUGCUUUCAUUAAACGUUGUAACUUGGAUCCAGAAUGUUAUAUAAUGAUUCGAGCAAAGGGUGGGGACAAAGUUUCCAAAGGUUCGCCUAUGAACAGUUCGAUGGAUCCCAUCAAGCUAAAGACCUUUGUUGCGUUGGCAAUGGAUGUGGCAUCAGCUUCUCCCCGGCGAUAUUUCUUUGAGAUCAUGAGCUAUUUUGCAAAAGCUGAAGAAAAGAAAAAACUUCAGCAGCUUACUUCUCCUGAAGGAAGAGACAGCCUUUACUGGUACAAUCAAAAGGAGAACCGGUCUGUUUUGGAAGUAUUGGUUGAGUUUCCUUCGGUGCAGAUGCCUUUUGAAUGGUUGGUGCAACUAACGCCUCCAUUGAAGAAAAGAGCCUUUUCCAUAUCGUCAUCCUCAUUAGUCCAUCCAAAUCAGAUACACUUGACUGUUAGUAUUGUAUCAUGGCGUACUCCUUUGAAGAGGACACGGCAUGGUCUCUGCUCUACAUGGCUAGCGGGGCUCUGUCCAAACAAAGAGAAUAUUAUACCAUGUUGGAUACACCGAGGAUCCCUGCCUCGUCCUCGACCAUCAAUUCCUCUCGUGCUUAUUGGACCAGGAACAGGAUGCGCACCAUUCCGUGCAUUUGUGGAGGAAAGGGCUGCACAGAGGGUGGCCGAACCAACUGCUCCUGUUCUAUUCUUCUUUGGCUGUACAAAUGAAGAUAGUGAUUUUUUGUACAAGGACUUCUGGCUAAAUCAUGCGCAGGAUCAGGGGGUGCUGUCCCAUGAAAAGGGUGGUGGUGGUUUCUUUGUUGCUUUUUGUAGGGAUCAACCUCAAAAGGUGUAUGUUCAAGACAAAAUAAGGGGGCAGGGUGCAAGGGUGUUCAACAUGGUAUGCUCUGAGGCUGCAAUAUACGUUGCUGUGUCUUCAACCAGAAUGCCUGCUGACGUUACAGCUGCACUGGAAGAAGUUUUUUGCCAACGGGGUGGUGUUCCAGAAAAGGAUGUCUCCAGAUGGGUGAUGGAUAUGAAAAGGGCUGGUAAGUUUAUCGCUGAGACCUGGUCAUAAUCGAGUAUCAGGUUUCUAUCAUAAAAAGGUUUACGAGAACCUUGAGAGAUUUUCUAGGCUUUUUUUUUCUAGAAUACAUCCAGGCGGAUGUAUCAUAUAUUGAAGAAAAAGACUGCAGAGCAGUUACACCGCCAAGAGGCGUGGAUACAAAACGAUUACUUACACCUACUCCAUGUUACCCACUAAAAAAACUAACCCGAGACCCUUAAAGAGCCCCGCUUUCCACCAAAGCCUACCCUCCGCCUCGAUCAGAUGGGUAACCGAGGCCACGUCCGGUCGAGCCCCAUCAAAGACAAUGGCAUUGCGGUGUUUCCAAAUAGUCCACCAGACCAAGAUGAUGCCCGUAGACAAAUCAUGCCACUUCGAUGAAGGCACCAAUCUGGUGGACCACCGGUCCGCAGGCAGACUAUCUUGAGAAGGAAUCCACUCGGAUUUACCCCAACGCUUGAGAAUAACCGCCCAGACCUGACGCGAAAACACACAACCAAGCAUCAAGUGAGCAAUGGUCUUCGGCUCCUGAUUGCACAAGGGGCAACGAGCCGGAUGUGGCAGUCCUCUUCUGGCAAGUCUAUCGGCGGUCCAGCAUCGAUUCUGAAGAACCAACCAGACAAAGAAACGGCAGCACAUGGGGGCCCUCGAACUCCACAGAUCCUUCGAACAAGGGACCACCUCGCGACCACCAAAAAAUGCCGCAUAAGCCGAGGUAGCGGAAUAUCUUCCAUUAGGGCUCCAGCUCCAUCGGAAGGUAUCCACACUAUCAGAGAGCACCACCUGGUUGACCAAAGACCAGACCUCCAGAAACUCAAGAAUAGCCUGCUCCGGGAGAUUAGGGUUAAUAAGAUGGACCCAAGCAUGAUCGCACAGAGCCGCAGCCAUAGACAGGCGAGCAGCCGUCGGUGUAAGAUGCUGAAACAAAAGCGGCGCUUGUUUUGCUAGACAGCUACCCGGCAACCACCGAUCGGACCAAAAAGAAACCUUCGUGCCACACACGACCUCCACGGUAAUCGCCGCAUCCACAAUCUCUUGUGCCGCAGUCAGGAUUCGCAGCCGGAAUUCACCCCAGGCCCGUGCGAGGUUUGACCUUGCGCAACCAACACCAUCUCGCCCUGAGCGCGAUGUUCAGGAGGCGGAGGUUAGGCAGACCAAGACCACCAAAUUCCACCGAGGAGCAGACCCUGUCCCAAGCAACCAAGCAAUGACCACCACGCGCCUCUUUCCAACCCCUCCAAAGGAAGCCCCUACAGAUCUUGUCGAUGCCGCCGACAACCUUAGCCGGGAUGUCGAGAGAGAACAUGGCGUAAAUAGGCAUGGCCGAAAGAGUGGACUUGAUCAGAACGAGACGGCCGCCCGAAGAGAGCAUGGGCGCCGACCAGGUUUGCAGCUUGUUGGCCACCUUAUCCACCAAGAACUGCAAUUGCGGGGCCGACGGCUUGCGCAACCCAAGAGGGAGCCCCAAAUAUGUGCAAGGAAAAGUCUUAACCGCACAACCCAGCUCACGACCCACUUCCACACCUUGAGCCUCCGAGCACCGAAUCAGAUGGGCGAAGGUUUUAGCGACAUUCACCCGAAGACCGGAAGCCUCACAGUGCUGCACACACCCUAA